AUGGUUCAUCGCCAGAAUAAAGUUGGAACUUUCAAACACAAACUGUUUACAUUGGGGCAGCAAUGGGUUGAUAGAUUAUUAAUAAUACUAAUAUUAGUGGUGUUUUCAAAUUCAUCAAAUAAUUGUGAUCCCGGCAUAUAUUCACCUGGAAUUCCUAAAAGACCACCACGAACUGACAUUGGGAGCUUUGAAUAUGUCAUUUCGCCAUCAGACAAAUCCGAAAGGAACAUUGUGACUUAUUGGCAAUCUAUCGAAGACUACGAUCAAUGUGGUGAAUCGUUUGAAUAUAUUGCUUACUAUAUUCAUACCUCAGCAGAUAAACAAAUCACCACUUACCGUAGCGACGUAACAGGAAAAAAUUACGCCAAGUUUAAUUUUCUGAGUACCAGCAUCGGAAAUGAAUUCAUAAUCAUCUCAUACGAUAAAGAAGGUGCAUCCAUAGAAUAUUCAAUAGUUUACGUACCUAGCAAAUCAGACAAACUCCAUAAACCAAAACAUUUCAAGAAAAAUGUACUUGACAAACAAGGUAUUUUUGAACUAUCCCGGGAAAGUGCCGAUUCUAAGGAAUUAUCUACUGGAAAUCAACUAGAUUAUUAUACUUUGUAUUGGUGCGAAGUAGAAAUAUUCGAUCACUUCUUUCCUCCGCUGUACUGUAAUGGUCAUAUGGACUGGAUUCAUGUACCAAUUUCAAUUUAUCGCUACAAUAUUAUCUUGGUCGAUAAGAUGAAAAUAUAUAUUUGGGCAAUAAGCGUUAACAGAGCAAAUGGUAUCGAUAACCUUAAACCUAGCAUGGUCUGGCAACCACCGCAAGGGGAAUUUCUUAACGCAGACGCAAUUUUUCAAUUAUAA